AUGGUAUCAAAAAGAAGCAGCAAAGAUCACGAUUCACAACAGUCAGAGAAGCUUACCAAAUCAAGACCAGCUCUUGCACGAUUGGCCAAGGAUGAUAUUACAGCAAUACUUUAUGUCAAAGAGCUAAAAGGUGAGUCUAAAAAAGUUUCGGAGUGGUAUAAAAUUGGUACCCCAAAGUACAAUAAAAUAUGGAAGUCUGAGAAUUCAUACUCAUAUGCUAAUUCAAUCGAAGAUGCGAACUUGCCCAACUGGUACCCUAAUAAUACCAAAAUCGAGAAAGCGGAAAUAUUGCCCGAACCAAUGCCUCAAGAAAUAAUUACACCCGAGAAGCCUGUUAUUAUCAAAUCAGAUCCCAUCGAAGUAAAGAGGAAGAGAGAAACAACUGAGAUUAAGAAUAUCGCGCGCUGA